UUUAUAUACGUGACGGUGAAUAACGUUUAAGUUGCUUAAGAAAUCACGAUGCAUGCAUUUUUGCAUGGGGGAUAAAAGUCUAAUCAAGAACUAGAAGACAAGAACUCCAUUGAUCACGAUGAUGAAUGAAGUCUCCAUUGAUUAUCACUUCCUAUUGAUACGGUCAUUUGAUCAAGUCAUAUGUACUUCGAACGAGUUUUAAUGAUUGCUUUGUAAAUAAAAAUAAAAAUUAGUGUAUGGUAUCUUUAGGAUUCGAUUCCCACCACCAAUAUGUUCAUACGUUACUAAACAAGUUUGCUAUUUAAAGACCUUAACAUAUGUUUCAAAUAUUAUAUUUUUUUAAUCAACUAAAUGAACCAGACCGUCAAGGAUCGUCUAACCAAAUACUUGAUCUUCUUUAUGUUUAUGAACAAUCUUCUUACAUUCUCGUAUGAAUGAUGAUGACAUGUUAUCUUAAUUUGUUUCUUUGUAUUUUUUCUCAAGUAAAAACUGAAAAUAAAUUGUAAAUGAGGAUGAAAACUCAAUUCCAGCUUAUGGUAAAAUAAAUUUUUAAGAAACUCUUUAAUGGGUUUGUGGGAUAAAGAUGGCCUAGUUGCGGUUUUCUGUGUAUUGAUCCCUUAAUGAGCCUUGAAGGCCAUGUAUAUACUUCUUAGAGUUUGACCUAAUUAAUCACCAACGCCUACCACCAAGCAAUUGAGAUCCACAUGCUGUAAAUAUCUACAAUCAUAUAUUCCGAAGAUAUAUAUUCGCAAGAUACGAUAUAUUCUUUUAAUGAUUUUGAAUCAACUAUUCUUACAAAAUUUAAUUUUUGAGUUUCAGAUACGUUCUCCAUUAAUUUCGUUUAUGAUUAUUUAAAAAUUAAAUAGAAGUUUUGCUUGAGUUUUGUUAAUCGUUUCCUGGUAACAAUCGGUUUUGAUAAAGACCACCGGUUAAACUAUUGAACCGGUGACCUAGGGCAAAAAGGAAGUAAGAUAGAGUGAUAGACCGGCCAAGAUGAAUUUGGCUUAGGGUGAAACUUUCUCUUGUCUACGUAUCAAAUGCCUAACCACCGUUCGUAAUCGUUGUCCUCCUCCCCCUCCUCCUACGUCCAUCUUGAUCUAAGUUUCUUGUAAUUUUGUUCAUGGUAGAUUAUGUGUGCAACACGAAUCCAAGACUCUUCACGUCGUGAUCUACAAUUAUCUGACGUGAUCUACAAUUAUCUGCGUGUUUAUUAUAACUGUUUUUGUUUUUGAAUAAGAAGGUGACCGAACGAUCGAUAUGUCUAAUUUGUAUGGAGAUUACAACCAAAAGAUCGAUUAUGUUUUCAAAGUCGUGUUGAUCGGCGAUUCAGCGGUUGGUAAAACUCAGCUGCUUGCUCGGUUCGCUAGGAACGAAUUUAGUGUUGAUUCUAAAGCAACCAUCGGUGUUGAGUUCCAAACUAAAACGCUUGUUAUCGAUAACAAAACUGUCAAAGCUCAGAUUUGGGAUACGGCUGGUCAAGAAAGAUACCGGGCGGUGACAAGCGCAUACUACCGUGGAGCUGUUGGGGCAAUGCUGGUCUACGACAUGACCAAACGUCAAUCAUUUGAUCACAUGGCUAAAUGGCUUGAAGAAUUAAGAGGACAUGCGGACAAAAACAUAGUGAUUAUGCUAAUAGGAAACAAAUGUGAUCUUGGAAGCCUAAGAGCAGUGCCAACAGAAGACGCACAAGAGUUUGCAGAAAGAGAAAACUUGUUCUUCAUGGAAACAUCUGCUCUCGAAGCUACUAAUGUUGAAACUGCGUUUUUGACUAUCUUAACAGAGAUUUAUCGUAUAAUCAGCAAGAAAUCAUUAACGGCUGAUGAUGAUGCUGAUGGGAAUUCAAACUUGUUAAAAGGGACUAGGAUUAUUAUUCCGAGUGAGCAGGAGAGUGACAAGAGAGGUGGAUGUUGCGGCAAAACGUAACUCUACUAGCGAUCUUUUUUUCGUUGUUUUUUUUUUGUUCCUCCGUAUAAAUUUUAUUAGGACAUUCGUUACUGAAACGAAACAAUAAGCCAAUGUUUAGUAGAUAAAGAAGAGUAUGAGUGUGAAACAAGAGCCUUCACUUUUUGCAUAUACCACUAUUAUCUAGAAACCCAUCAUUUUGAGUUUGUGAUUGUGUUUAAUUUAUAGAGAAGUUGAAAGUAGGUGAAUAAUGUUCGUUUGACGUUUCCAAAAUGUUUUAAGUGGACCAUUGUACACUUUCUUGUGUAAUUUUAUGUUUGUUUGUGCAAGUGCAACCAUACUUCCUUCUUGUGUCCAAGGCACCAGUAUAUAUACUCUCCUUUGUAGUGUUGUUGCACAUGUGUUUUUAUUUUUGUGGUUAUUCACAAGGAAAAUUGACAACUUGAAGUAAUAAUAAUGGUGCAAAGGUUCUUUAACAAAUAAAAGGAAAAUACUAUUGUGAAAAAGUUAGAUAAUCAACUUAAGAUUACUUUAAAAUAUUAUUUCAACUCCUACAAUUUCAUUGGAAUUAAAAAAGGAGCAAGACCAGACCAUUUUUAUUCAACAACUUUUAUUAGAGCAUAAUUAACGGGAAUUCUUAGGAUGAAGCUUUUAGCAGAAUAUAAGAAAACUUCUCUUAAUUUUUAACUAAAAAAAAAUUAAAACCGACUCUUAACUUAUAAAAACUAAGAACAUGCAUUUUUUCGAACAAUUUUUAGCUGCAUUGCAUUUAAAAAAAAGAACACAAGACAGCCAAUAAAAA